ACACACUGGAGGCCAGUAUGAGGAUCAACCGAAAUCUUUUUUCCAUCAAGAGUCACUUCUUCCUCUACUGGGGAUUCAUGGCCUCGGCGCCACCCUUCGUGAUGGUGAUAGCGCGGCAAGUGGGUGUGCCGUUGGGUGUGCAAGGUGUGGUGUCAUCCGUGAUAACUGUUACUGCUGUGCUGGUGAGGCCUUUUAUUGCAGCAUUGGCAGAUACCUACCCAGCCCAACGCAAGAUAAUCUUCCUGGCUCUCAUCAUCAUUAUGACAGCAACUUAUAAUCCAAUCGGCUUUCUUCCCCCACUGCAACCUUCACCACAUCUGUCUGGCCAGCUCAUGUCAAUCUCUUUUCCUGCCACUAAUCUAAUCACCAACAAUUCUCGGACGAGUCUCCAUCUUUUCACACCACGACAGCAACAACAUCCUUUAGGUGAGGGAGAGAGCUACGGACAACAACGUGUGUGGGGUGUGUUGAGUUACGGCUUACUUGGAGUGCUAAGUGGCCUCCUGGUGGACUGGAGCUCUGGAGACAGCACCGUCAAAGACUACAGGCCGGCUUUCUUUCUCAUGACCGCUUGUGGUGCCCUAGACUUCCUCCUAUCUGCAGCCUGUCUCAAGGUACCAAAACUGGAAGCUCAGCAGAAGGGGAUGCGAGCCAAUCUGGGACCACUCCUUCGCCAGAUUCACUUCUUCAUUUUCCUUGGGACAACCUUCCUUAUCGGCUUUUUGACGGACUUGACACCGGUUUCCUCUUCGUGCAAGCUACAAGAAGACAUUGCAGAGCGAAUGGGUACAUCAGGUCAGCACGUUAACAUGGUGCAAGGUCUCACACUGUUGGUACAGGCUCUCUCAGCCAUUCCUUGCAUGUUCCUUUGUGACUGGUUUCUGCAGCGAUAUGGAGCCCAGAAAGUGAUUACCACCGUGCUCUUCCUGUAUUCACUAAGGCUACUUAGUCUGGCAGCUGCAAGCCAUUUGGGCAUACUUUGGAUGACAGCGCUCGUCGAGAUGAUCAACGGACCCUGCUUUGGCCUCGGUUAUACCGCAAUAGUUGUCCAUGCAUCCUCCCUCGCCCCACGCGGCUACUCCACCACAGUUCAGAGUGUUGUGGGCGUCUGCUAUGGCACUUUGGGAUACGCAGGAGCCAGUUUCGUAGGCGGAGCGAUGUAUGAUGUGAUGGGCGGGAGUGGCUGUGCUUGGUUACUGGAGCAGCUGCCUUCUUCACCGCGGCACUACAUUUCUUAUACAUAACUAUCUUCCCAUCAGGUAUCGUUGCAUCAUCUCUCUCUCUCUCU